AUGAAAGGAAAAAAUAAAAAGAGGAGCCCAAAAGAGUUUUCGACCAAAGAUUAUUUCAAUGCUUAUGCUCUAGAUUUCAGAAAUAAUCAUUCAAAUGCUGAAUCUCCUGAUAACAGAGGAAGAAAUGCACUAAAACCAAAUAUGAAAAGUUAAAUUCCCAAUUCAAAUGGGAACGCAUAGUUAUCUUUCUCCAACGCCGCAAUGACAUUCCAACCUUCAUAGAGGCUUGAUUCAACUUUGAAGAAAAAACAAAUGCCAGGGUUAAAUGAAGUACUUGUUAAAGUGGAUGAGAUUUUUACAUAAGCAAUGGAAAAUUAGAAGAAUAAGAUUGAUUUCUUAAAAGUUGAUCUUAAGACAUCACCAAGAGAUUUUAAUAAUUAGGAAGUUAAUAUCACAAGGCUUUAUAAGUAAAGACAAGAGCGUGAAAUAAAAUUAAAUCUGAAAUUGAAACUUAGCAAUAAUAGUGAGGGGAUUGAUCCAAGGACGUUAUCCCCUUAAAAAAUUGAAUAACUUCUUAAAGAAUAAGUUGAAGACGAAGUUCCGAAGGUCAUAUCUAUGAGAUAGUACCUUGAUGGCUUUUGUAAAGACCAUAACAUAGAUAUCGACAAAACAGACAUGCUUAAGCUUCCAAUGCAUUUAUAUUUAGGAUCAGCUGAGAAUGGAGCCUUCUCAAAAUAUAAAAAAGGAGGAGCUUUCGAUUAAAUCAGCAAGAAUUAAAAAUUUUCAAAGCUAAAGUAGGAAGAGGAACAAGAAAAACUGAUAAGGGAUAGAUUAAUGCUUAGACAUGGUUUCUCAUAGAACAGAAACGAAAAUGAUCAGCAGUUUAAAACUAAAUGGCAUUAAAAAGCCUAUGAACGAAGAAAUUCUUUAAAAAAGAGUAAAUCACCCAGAAAUUAGCUUCUAAGUCCGGAACGGAGUGUAUCAGUUGAAAAAAAUUUUUAUAACUUGUCUAAAACUACAAUUACAACUCCAAGAGUAUACACUUAAAUCCAACAAUCUGAAACAUAGGCAACAUCUUAAGAAUAUCAAAUCAAUAAUAAUCUACUAAAUAAUAUAACAACUAUAAAUGACUCGAUAACUAAUACUUUAGAUAUGAGUUCUUAUCAGGGGAUUUAGAAAUACUCAGAACAGUCAAUUGAUGAGAAAGAGCUGCAAAAUAGUUUAAAAAUAAAGAAUCAGAAAAUCUAUAAAAAGAUUAAUAUGACACUAGUUGAUUCAAAGGAAUCAUUACGUACAGAUUCGCCUAAGUAGAAAAGGCAAAAAGCAAUAUCAAUGCUAGGAAAGUCUCCUAAGGAUGAAGGAGCUCAGAGGAUGAGUCUACCAUAAUUAGAGAAUAGAAGGAACGGUAACUUUACCAAGAGGACUGAAUUCGUGAAUCACAGUUAGGACAUUGUCCUUCCAAGAGUUAACAAAUCAGUCAACAACUAACCCUCAACUAAGAAUCUUAGACAAAGAGCAACCAGAAUCUAAUUUAUAAGAAAUAAAGCUGCAGAAGAAACAAAUUUAUAUUCUCAUAGAUCAGAAUAGUAUUCGGGCGAUCAUCCAAAUUCUUAAUCAUUGCAUCAUAGAUAGGAUAAUACACAUUCACAGCAUGAAAAGAAAAAACUUUUGGAUUAAAUAAUCAAAUCUUGCUACAAAGAGGCCUAAAAAUCUGAUCAAGAUAUGAGGGAUCUUGACUAUGAGCUUUUGGUUCACAACUUAAAGUAAUCAUAAUUCUAAUAAGUAGUUGAGACUUUGAAAGAAUUGGAAUAUGCAACUCCUUAAACAAUUCCAGUAUUAUACAAAUAUAAAGAAAAAGUUAAGGAGGAAAUGGAUGACGAGGAGAAUGAAGUGAGCAAGGAAUAUAGAUCCGGCAGAAUGGAUCCUUCUCGAGAAGUAGCACAAUUCGAAAAGGGAAGGUCAAUCAAGAAAAAAGUAGGCAAAAAGAGAGAUAUAGAGGAAAGAUUCAAACUUAUAAAAGAAUAGAAAAGUAUUAUAACAGGUAUAAAUUAUCUUAGUUUAGUCUGA